AUGGUUACUGUUAAGACCAUUUUAUCAUUGGCUUCCUUGCAUGAUUGGCCCUUUAAUCAACUAGAUGUUGACAAUGCCUCUCUUCAAAGGGAUUUACAAGAGGAAAUUUACAUGUCUUUGCCUCAAGGAUUUGCUCAGCAGGGGUGGGGGGGUUUCAAUCAAUCUAAGGCAGAUUAUUCCUUGUUCAUUAAGAGGGCAGAUUCUUGUAUUGUCAUACUCUUAGUAUAUGUUGAUGAUAUAGUACUUACUGGAAACAAUGUUAAUAUGAUUAAUCAAACCAAGAAAAUGUUGCAUUCUAAUUUUCGAUUGAAGGAUUUGGGGAUGUUGAGAUAUUUUUUGGGUUUUGAGGUUGCUAGAUCUGUCAAGGAAAUCAGUUUAUACCAAAGGAAAUAUGCAUUAGAGCUCAUUUCAGAAUCUGGUUUAUCUGGUUCUAAGCCUUCUUCAGUCCUUAUGGAAUCAAAUUUGAAGCUCACCUCUACUGCAUAUGAUGCCUUAUUUCCCACUACAAAUGAUCCUCUUCUUUCAGACCCAUGUGUUUAUCAGAGAUUGGUGGGAAAAUUGUUGUAUUUGUGUAUGACUCAACCUGAUUUAAGUUACUCUGUCAACUUACUCAAUCAGUUUAUGCAUCAUCCUAAAAAGUCUCAUAUGGGAGCUGCACUUAAGAUAGUUAAAUAUAUUAAGUCAGCUCCAGGUUUGGGGUUGUUUUUUCCUACUGAAAACAAUUUGAAUCUAUCGACCUUUUGUGAUUCUGAUUGGGGCUCUUGCCUCAUGACAAAGAAAUCGAUUACAGGUUAUUGUAUAUUUCUUGGUAAAUCUUUGAUCUCUUGGAAAUCUAAUAGACAAGCAACUAUGUCUAAAUCCUUUUCUGAAGCUGAGUAUCAGGUGAUGGCUUCUAUUGUAUGUGAGGUUAUGUGGUUGGUGCAAUUACUUAUAGAACUGGGGUUUCCAAAGUUGAUUCCUGUCCCACUUCAUUGUGACAAUCAGGUUGCGAAUCACAUUGCCUCAAAUCCCAUGUUUCAUGAAAGGACAAAACAUGUUGACAUAGACUGCCACAUUGUCCGGGAACAGCUCAAACUUGGCUUGAUUCAGACUGCUUAUGUGCCUUCUUUGGAGCAGCCUGCUGAUCUGCUAACCAAAGCUCUUGGCAGCACUCUUCACUCCAAAUUGUUACACAAGUUGGGGUUCUUGAUGUCUAUCACCCUCCAACUUGGGGGGAGGGGGCGCGCCGGGUGGGGGUGUUAA